AAAUACGAUGAAAUAGAAAAAAUGAAAGAAAAUAAAUCAAUAAAGGAAAUGACAAGUGAAGAAUUUUUGUCACAGUUUAAAAAUUUACCAGAAAUAAAGGAAUUUAAAGAUUUAUUAAUAGAAUACAAAGGAAUAUUUGCUACGUCAGAAAAAGAUAUGGAACAAGUACCAAGAAAUAUUGCAGAAUUUUCAAUACCAUUUAAGGAAGGAAUGCGACCAAAAGAUAUGGACAUAAAUGAACAAGAAAAGAAAGAUGUGAAUAUACAAGAAUCCUUAACUAAAUGGUUACAAAACCAAAUAAAAGCAGGAUAUAUAAUGAAA